AUGGAAUGUAUAAUAAGGGAAUUAGAAUUGUUAUUGUUGGAUCCUUGUAAUGAUUUGAAUGGUUCCAGAAUUGAUAAAAUUAAGCAACUUUCAGAAAAUAAUGUAGUUGAUAAAUUAAGUAAGAUUAUUGAACUGGUGUUGUCGGUAAAAAAUGUAGAUUUAUAUUCUAGUAUAAUAUUACUGGAAGAAUUAUUUGAAAAGCCCAUUCUUAUAAAUGAUAAUAUAAGUUUGUGGGAUAAAAGUAACUAUUUCAACUAUAUAAGCCAGAACUUUACCGAAUUUCUUGAAAAUUCCAAUGAUUUUGACGAUUUCCAACUCAACUCUUUUAUUUUAUUAUGUACCAUAGUUUUGUGUAUUAAUGUAGUUAUUAGGGCUAAUUGGAUAGGCCCUAAAUUCUCUCUACAAACCAGCCAAAAAACUCUUUCAAAUAAGUUCAAAAAUCACAUUGAACGGGCUGAAUCUUCUAAUACAUUAGAUGAAAAUGAUAAUGAGCUGAACUUGAAAACUGUAAUUACUUGGGAAAAUCUAAAUUUAAUAAAAAAUUUGGAUGAUAACAACAAUGAGAAGUGCUAUUUAUUAGGAGCUUUUUAUGAGGAUUUGUCUGAGAAGGUCGUUUUAAAAUCACCCGAACUCUCAUUAACAGACUUAGAAUUGGAUGAAAAGAGUAAAGAGUUUCUCAAACAAAUGAUAAAUGAAUUUGUAAUUGAUGGAGAAACAAUUUAUGAAGGCACUUUAGGCCUACAAUAUCUUUUUAAUUAUCAAAAUACGUCUAAUGUCAAUACCAACACUGAUGUAAUCAGCUCUGAGAAUACUGAAGACUCAAUUAAUAAUGUUAAGAUUGAGAUGAAGAGUAAGGAGAUAUGGAGAAGUAGAAUUGGAUAUAUAUACCAAUUAAUGAUUGAAGAUUCAGGAUUGAUAUUAUGUCCAAAACUUUAUCAUUGUUCAAUUAUUAACUUUUUACACUAUCUAAGACUUUCAAAUGUGUUGGAAGAAUACGAUGUGUAUAAUAUUGAUGUGAAUGAUGGAUCUGAUAGUAUUUUGAAAAGUGUGUUAAUGAGAAAACCUGAUUUGGGAAUGGAAUUUGAUGAUUAUUUUAAAUCCUUAUUAUUAAUUGAGCUCUUGCAGAGGUUACCAAUUUAUAAUUUGAAUAGGCUUUACAAACCAGUAUCGGAAAACUUAACCAAGUAUCUCAAUUUCAGUUUCGAAUUCACUGGAAAACUUGGCGUUCGACGUAAAUUUCAAUCAUUUUCAAUACCACAACUAGUUCUUUCAUAUUCUAAACCCUUUCCUACAAAUUCUAGUCCCAACCAAAAAUUGAAAUGUGACCCUAAUUUGUUGGAUGAAAAUUUGGAAAAUCCACAAGAACCUAAAGAUGAGAUAACUGUUGGAUUGAAUGAGAUAAAUGAGGAGAAUGAUAUAUAUGAGACCCCAAGAUUCGAUGAAGAUGAAAAGACUGAAGAGUUGAGUGACUUGGAACAGUUAUUCUUACUUUCGAAAGGUUUAAACAUACUGUCAACUACUUCAAAACAUGAUCAACUUUCACUACAAUUCCUAAACACCAUUUCAAACACUAUUCUACAACAGAGUAAGAAGAGGAGAUUGAUAAUGUUAAUGAGUUUAUGGUUAAGAUGUAAGACAGAGUAUAACAGGACUAAAACUAUUGAAAGAGCUACAAUACAAUUAAAUAAUAUCCUAAAUGCUUAUUAUGUAACUACUAUGCAAUCAACUAUACACAAUCUCAGUUAUAUGGUAAUAUGUACUGUAGAUGAUGGUAAUAGAAAUGAGUAUUUUUUCCAAAUGUCGUACCCAGCAAUUUGGAACAUUAAACGUGAAAUAGGCAAAUAUAUGUUCAUGAUUGGAUCAAUAACAACGGCCUGUAAUAUGUACAAGGAGUUACACAUGUGGGAAGAUGUUAUUAAAUGCCUAGUAUUAACACAACAAAAACAACAAGCCAAUGAACUGAUUAAUGAAAGAAUUAAAAUAAUGGCAACACCUUCAUUAUAUUGUUAUCUUGGCGAUAUUUCAAAUGAUAUACAACAUUAUCACACAGCAUGGGAAAUGAGUAACGAAAGAUGUGGUAGAGCAGUAAGGUCAAUAGGAGUUAAAUAUUAUAAUUCGGGCGAUUUUGAGAAGGCUCUGGAGUUUUUGGAGAAGUCAAUACAGCUGAACCCGAUGAAUGAGAAUGUCCAGUUCAUAGUGGGAUGCUGCUACCUGAAGCUUUUGAAAUUUGAGAAUGCAAUUACACCAUUUUCACGAGUCGUUUCAAUCAACCCAGAUAACUCUGAUGCCUGGGCUAAUAUCUCCUCAGCACAUUUUAAGGUCUCUUUGUUUGCAAUGAAGAAUUACCAGAGCGGAAAGAUAGCAAUAACUCAGGCCUUAAAGAGUAAUAGCACUCGGUGGCAGUUCUGGGAUAUUCUGCUCAGAAUCUCAGCUAACUUAAAUGAUGUCAAAUGUGCCUGUAAUUGCAUACAAACACUAAUUAACCUAGGAAUGAAGGAUAAGGUUGAGGUGUGGGCAGUGAAGUAUUUGGUGGAUUCAUCUAUCAAUGAGUUGAAUUCGCAGGUGGUUGACGAGACCUUGAAACUGAUUACAAGUAAUAUAACUGAGAGUGCCGGAGUCUGGUCAGAGUACUCUAGAUACCUGAGUAACAAGGAAGAUUAUGUCGGAGCAUUGGAAUCGAAAUUUAAGCAAUACAGAAAGGUGGAACAAAAUAUCCAAAUAAACUUAAAUAAUCCUAAGAAUGAGUUAAAUGGGUCGAAUGAACAGUUUAACGAGUUGGAAUUAGAGUUGUUUGAAGUCCUGAAAUCAAUGGUAGAGUUAGCGAAUAAAGUCGAUGAAGAUGAUUACAAGAAAAAGUGUGAAUCAGUGAAAAAAUUAGUUGAUAAAAAUAACAAAAUGGCAUUGAGUUUGUACGAGAGUAAAGCGUCAGAUUUCGCUGGAGUGGAUCCGUUGUCAAGAAUUUUCAUUUUAAAUAUACCGACACAUGUUGAUAACUUGCAUAGAAAUUAUAUAGUUAUGAGUAUGUAUAUUGUAGGUAGAAUAGAGGAAGUUUAUAAUGUGGUAGGAAGUGCUGAAACAAAGAUUUGA